AUUCAGUCUUUAAGAAGAAAGUUAAAGAGAACGAUAGUUUAUUUUAUUAAUUAAAUUAUGGCUGGCGAGACGAGAAACCUUUAUUUGUCAUCUGUUGAACAGAAAACUGACAGCUUUAAUAGUAGUUUCUAUUCGGAUAAAGAUUGGAGAAUUCUACAACCUAUAUGGGACUUACGUUUUGGCUAUGAGAAUGUCUUGUCAUCGCCUGUAUUUCCUCCGAUACUUUGCACAUUAUUCUAUGUUAUUUAUUGUAGCAUUUAUACAAUAAUUGAUCUCUACUUCGUAAACUUUAAAAUCAUCAAACGCUAUAAAAUUCAACCGGAUAGGGCUCCAAACGCUAAAGGUAUUGAAAGAGCUGUAUUGUUGACGCUAUGGAAUAAUAUGGUAUGGACCUUACCAAUUACAAUGGCUCAGUGGGCUUUUACGCCGAACGAAGUUCUGCCGAAAGUUGCUCCAACUCUAUUCGAAUUUAUAUGGCAGCAUUUUGCCGCCUUGGCUAUGUUCGAUUUCUUCUACUUUACUUGGCACUCAAUUCAUCACAAAGUUCGCUUUCUGUACAAGCAUUGCCACGCAGUUCAUCACGAAUAUUACGUGUGCAACUCCUGGGUUACUCAAUAUCUACACCCCUGGGAGCUGAUAUGCGUCGGAUUUUUCACCUAUUCUUCCGUUAUGAUCUUUAAUCCGCAUCCUAUGACAAAAUGGUCUUAUCUACUGUUUUCAGAAAUAAUCUCUAUAGAUGAGCAUUCGGGUUAUGAUUUUCCGUUUAUGCUAAGCAACAUCUUUAAGAUAAUGGGAGGAGCCGUAAAACACGAUAUGCAUCAUAUGAGACCUCUGACAAAUUAUGCUCCAUUCUAUCUCUAUUGGGAUUGGAUCUUCGGCACAAAUUGUCCUGGAGUAAGGGCAGGAGGUUAUAGGGAUCAGGCAAUGUUAGAAUACGAGAGGAAACGAAAGGAACGGAUUUCAAAUAUGAAAGGAAAACAGAAGCAUAAAUUCUCCUGGUGGUACAAAUAUAUUAACUAGAAAGACAAGAUCAUAUAUCCCGAAGAAAGACAUUUCCUAAUCUAUUGAUAAAGGAAGAAACUGUUUUUAUGAAUAUUUAUUGUCAAAAAUGACCAAAACAUUUUUAAUUUUGUGACAUGUUAUAGUAAGCCUGAUAAUGAAACGUGGCAAAUUCAUAUCCUUAUAAAACAUUCUUCAUUUCCGCCACGCUGAAAGUCAGGUGCACUACUCGUACACAAGUACUUGACGCAUAUACUUGAUAAUAUAUAAAAAAAUUUCUUUUAUGUAAUAGUCUGUUUUCAAAGCGACUUUCGUAAUUGAUUUGCCUAAAGACAACGGGAGAAUUUCUUUGUAACACAGCUUAGCAAUUAACGAUGGGAGGCUGGAAUAAAAAAAAAACCCGGCAAUUUUAUCUUCAUAUGUUCCUCUUCCUUCUUAUAUUCUUUAUCCUACUUUCUUUUCUUAUGCUUUGCUAUCAUAAACACUUUUUUAUUUACCGAAAACAAAUAAUAAGAUAUUUUGGCGUAUGUGACGUAAUUAAUAUUGGAUUUCUUAUAUAGGUCAUGUAAAAGUUUAUCAGCUUAGAGGAUACUAAUAUUUUAAUCUAUAUAUAUCAACAUACGCUGGG